GUGAACGAAUAAACGUCUUCUCUUUAUAAUAAUAGUUCAUGGGUUCCCAACGAACCUGUUGUCUUGCCCCAGUCUCUGCCAUCUCGGUUCUGAUAUUUUUAACUACUUACAUCAAAUCCAUCAUGUUGAACCCUUUAUCAAUAGCCCUUUUAGCGUUACCUGCGGCUCUUCUUUAUCUUUACUUAGCGUUGAGCUACCGUCGGUUCAAGCAAUAUGCUCACUUUCCCCAGGUUAAGCCGUCAUUGGUAUGGGGCCAUCUCAAGGCAGUCGGUGCUUUCCAUCAGAGGCGUGGCGAGGAAAAUGGCAGUAUGGAGUCCGCGUUUGCGGACAUGAGCGAGUCGAUCGGGAACCCUCCAGUCAUGCUCCUCGACACCCGUCCAGUCAUGCGUGCAAUGCUGCUGAUCCGAAGCCAUGAAAUUGCGGAGCAAGUAUCGAGACAGUCAAAAACGUGGCCUUACAGCACGCCCAAGUCCGACACAAUGAGGAAUCUGGCUCCACUGCUCGGUGAAAGGUCAAUCGCCAUGGCACAGGGCUCGGAAUGGAAAGACAUGAGGAAACAUUUCAACCCAGGCUUUGCCCCCCAGCAUCUCAUGGGUUUGAUGCCAACAAUUCUGGAAAAGACCGAGGCCUUUCUAGCGAAGCUAGACACACUUGCCAAUACAGGCGCCAUCUUUGAGCUCGAGCCUCUGUGUACGAAUCUCACAUUCGAUAUAAUUGGUGCUGUGACUAUGGACGUUGAUCUCGGCGCCCAACUCCCAGAAGAGCUCCAGAGUGACUUCAUCAAAAACUACAAAAAGUUCCUUCUAUCGUACAAAGAGAGCACCGGUAUGUUGCGGUGGGCAGACGGCCCCCGAAAGAACCGUCAACGGAAGAGAUUGUCUAAAACUCUCAACAUCUUUCUUGAGGACCUCAUUCAGCGCAAGUUCGAUGACGUAAAACAGGACGAAGGCUCUUCAACUCGCAGCAUCUUGGCUCUGAGCUUGAAGGAUACUGAAGUAUUGACUCGGGACAUCAUCGACUACACCAAAGAUCAGCUCAAAAGUUUCAUUUUCGCAGGCCAUGACACCACCAGCAUUCUCCUCCAAUGGGCCUUUUACGAGCUGUCCCGAACUCCUCGUGCAAUGAAGGCUCUCAGAACCGAGCUGGAGGCCCUUUUUGGCCCGGAUCUGAGUCCCGCAUCGGUCCGCGAAGCUCUGCUCUCGCGAGGCGAAGAAAUCACGCGGGGGAUGACAAACCCUGCGCCUGUAUCCCCCGCCGCCACCGCUCGUCUUUGCCCUCCUGGGGCAAACUUUCACCUUCAACUGCCGAGCGGCGCCAGCCUAUGCGUCGACGGUCUGGUUUUGUAUAGCUGUUCCUACCUGAUCCAGCGGGACCCCGACGUCUACGGAAGUACCAAGGACGACUUCGUUCCUGAGCGAUGGCUCGGCAACACAGAUACGUCCAUGGCAACAAACGAAGACGAAAAGGCGGGUGCCGAAGAAUGUGAGAUUCCUGCUUCUGCGUGGAGACCAUUUGAGAGGGGACCCAGAAACUGCAUCGGACAAGAGCUGGCCAACAUUGAGGCCAGGGUUAUCCUAGCCAGUGUCGUUGGCAAAUACGUCUUCGAGAAGGUUGGUUUGGGAGAGGCAGCUCGGGAUGAGAAGGGCAACCCAAUUGUCAAUGAAAAGGGGCAAUACAAGUCCAAUACUCAGCUCUACAACACCCGUCAGGUUACUUUGCGCCCCGUCGACAACAUGAAGGUUCGCGUGAGGCUACGGGAUGUGACCAAAGAUUGAAGUUUUAUUCAUUCCAUGAACCAAACUUCAAUACUAUGUGGUUUUUUACGACUGUCAGUAGAACAGACAAUUCGAUUUUGAUGUUAUAAUCCCACAUAAAGGACUACCUGCCAUCCACGGAUCAUUGAUCAAUGCCG